AUGAACCGGGCUGUCUCUCGACUAGCAGAAGCAUGUAGUCGUUUGACAAUUUCUCAACGAGCAUUAGUUCAUCAUUUUAACAGUGCUCCAUCAUCAGCAAUCCUUCCACCUGUUCCUUCCCGAAUUCCAACAACUGAUAAGGGGUUUCCAGCCAAUGGAUCAGUUAAUUUUCCCAAUACACCAGUUUCUGUAGAGUUACCCGCUCUCGAAAAUCCACAACAGGUUUACACAUUCCCAACGAUUAAUCGAGUUCCGCUCUCGGCGCCAGGUCCAAUACUUACCGAAAUCCUUGAUAAAUUGGUCCCGGCACUCGAAAAGGGAGAAAUAAGUGCACCAAGCUAUUCGAAUGUUUCAAUGUGGCUUUCGCCUCGUCUGCUGACAAUUAGAAGGAAGAAAAUGAAAAAGCACAAAAGAAGGAAGCGCUAUGAUCGGGAUUUUUUCAAAUAUCAAAAAUACCACAGAGAGAAAAAGCUAAAGGCUGAAAGAGAAUUCCGAAAGCGUAUGAACGGUCUUCUUAAUGAAUUGGAAGCAUUCGAUCCUGAGAAAUACGUCAAGGAUACUAUCGCAAUGGCCAAUAAAGAGUGGCAAGAUGAUUUGGCGCCAACUGGACGAAAACUAUAUCCACAUUGGUCGAGGUUGAUGUCGUUGGAACAAUUAUACGGACUGCCAAAAAGUGAUUACAUAGAUAAAAGAGCCGGAAUUCCGAAUCCCGAAGAAGCUGAGCAAUUGAAGGUCUUACGGGAAAAGUACGCAAAGCUCUAUCGCAAAAAAUAA